AUGAAUAUUAGCUUAAUGGGCUCAGCCAAUCAGAGCUCGGAGGAGGGAAAUUUGUACCGACCGUUCUCGGUGUUCAGUGUCCUGACGCUAACCUUGUUGGCUAUGCUGGUCGUGGCCACAUUUGUGUGGAACUUGCUGGUGCUGGUGACCAUCCUGAGGGUGCGCACAUUUCACCGCGUCCCCCACAACCUGGUGGCCUCGAUGGCUGUGUCGGAUGUGAUGGUUGCAGCCCUGGUCAUGCCCCUCAGCCUGGUACAUGAGCUGAAUGGCCGGCGCUGGGGGCUGGGCCGGGCUCUCUGCCACGUGUGGAUCUCUUUUGACGUACUCUGCUGCACGGCCAGCAUCUGGAAUGUGACGGCCAUCGCUCUAGACCGCUAUUGGUCGAUCACCCGGCACCUGGAGUACACCCUAAAGACCAGGAAGAGGAUCUCAAACGUGAUGAUUGCCCUCACUUGGCUUCUGUCAGCGGUCAUCUCGCUAUCGCCUCUCUUCGGCUGGGGGGAGACAUACUCAGAGGACUUGAUGGAGUGCCAGGUCAGCCAGGAGCCCUCCUACACCUUCUUCUCAACCCUGGGAGCUUUCUACGUGCCACUCUGUGUCGUGCUGUUUGUCUACUGGAAGAUAUAUAGAGCAGCGAGGUUGCGCAUUGCCACCCGGAAGACCAACAUCGUGACACCCGUGGCUGAAGAUGUUGAGGCAAAAGUGACAGCUCGACAGCCACAGACAGUGUUCAGUGCACGCCACGCAACCGUCACUUUCCAGACGGACGGGGACACGUGGCGGGAGCAGAAGGAGCGGCGGGCGGCGCUCAUGGUGGGGAUCCUCAUCGGUGUCUUCGUGCUCUGCUGGAUCCCCUUCUUCACGGCUGAGUUGGCCCAGCCCCUAUGUGGCUGCACCGUGCCGCCCCUCUGGCAGAGUGUCUUCCUGUGGCUCGGCUACUCCAACUCCUUCUUCAACCCCCUCAUCUACACGGCCUUCAACAAGAACUACAACAGUGCCUUCCGCAGCCUGUUCUCCCUCCAGCGCUGA